AUGGGCGUGAAUCAUGGGUGGAGGGCCCUGCUUGGACAGACACUGGUGAGCGUGCAACGCGAGACAGUGAAUGUGGUAGGAAAGAGCGUGUGCUGGGAGCUGUUUGGAACGCUGCAUCGCCUGAUCCGUGGCCAUGACGCAGCUCAGGUGGGAUCAAACUACACCAGCACAGGACGAAACACAAGCGGCGGCGCCCGCUAUGCACACGGCGCAACCUCCCCGGCCGCAGAGCGAGUGCUGAAGCUCGCCGUGAACGACACGCUGCUUGCUGCGGAGGCCCUCGUGCACUCCCUGCAGGUCAAGCACGUGCACGUUGUACUUGAGGGCAUGCACCCUGCCAAGACCACCACGCAAAUGAAGCGCAGGAAGCGCGCGGGGGUCAGGCCCACAGAUGAGCUGGUGAACACCCUGGCCACACUGUUUGUGCAGCGGUUCCCUGGGCGCGUCACCAUCCACCACCCACCACACGACGCAGACAGCCAGCUGGCGUACCUGUGCGCCGCGGGGCUUGCGGACUACGCCCUCGUGCCGUCCAACGACAGCGAUAUGGCGCUCUUCCACGGCAUGGAGAACAAGCUCAUCGUCAGCCCGUCCUGGUCCACGGAAAGCACGGGCAUCGAGGGCGUGGUGUAUCGUGGCACCAAAGGCCACCUCGAGGGGUUCAGCGUGGAUAUGCUGCGCUGCUUUGCCGCCAUCGUUGGCUGCGACUUCUUCAAGUGCAAGACGUUUGGGUUGAUGCGGGCUGCGCAUCUCGUUCGCACGGAGUGGCGUGCUGACCUCACACCGCAAGACAACUGCGCUCGCAUCCAGGAGGUGAUGGGCUCAGCAUUUGAGCCGUCAGACGCGUGGCAGGUGAACACGCUCUCCGAGGCCUACAGCUGCUUUUCCUGCCAGCUCGUGCGCACGCCGAGCGACGACAUUCUCACCGUGGACGAGGCAUCCGGCAUCGCCGCCUCAAUGCUGCCCACCCCUGCGCCUGCGCUGGCUGCGUCGAGAGCCGUCCACCUCCAACAGCUGGCGGCCGACGCGGAGGCGAUGGCACACUAUGCGGACUGUGCUGACAGUGGUGGUGGCCAACACCAGCAGCGCGUGCAGAGCAUACGCCAUAUCGGUGACGGUGCGUUGAGCGAACGUGUGCAAGGGGACGCGAUGGGGACAACAGUGGGGGCGAUGCGGCAGACCAGAGGCGGGCUGAUGUUUGAUGGGCGCACACGUGAGGCGCGGCUUGCUGCCUCCUUUGCCGGCAUGGCGAACACCGCUGCGGAUGUCGAAGACACCAUGCAUGGCACACGCGCACACGGGGCAACAGCGACAAACAAGUCAACAUCGUUAUCAUCAUCAUCGUCAUCGUCAUCGGCAUCGUCAUCAACAGCACGAGCGGCAACAGGGGUCGGCACAGCAGCAGGACGGAUGAGAAGCGUGAUGGAGGAAGAGCGGUUUAUGAUGGAGGCAUUUGCGGACGAAGACAUCCACGCUGCUCUUAAUGACGAUGAUAUUGACGCUGAGGAGUGGAACACCGACGACGACGACGACAACGACGACUACGGUUACGAUGCUGACAUCGAUACCAAUGACGCUGUUGGUGGCAACGGUCGCCCUCGUGGCCGUGGUGGUGCCGUUGUUGGUGGUGACGGCGAUGGUGAUGGUGACGCUGAUGGCGAUGAUGAUGAUCAUGGGCAGGAAGAGGAUCUGGCGACGGCGUUUGCGUCCAUGACAGUGAAUGGCAGUGCCGAUGGGAGCGAUUGUGCUGUCAGUGGAAGCGACGCCGCCACACGUGCGAGCACUGGCCAGCAGCGGCAACGGAGAAUACGACACGGCACUGCGGCCAUGGACGUGUUGCUGGAGCGCCACAUGCGUGUGAUGCGAAGCAAGUGA